AUGAUGUUCAGACUACUGCUCCUUGUUUCAUUAGUACUUCUGGUGGGUUGCGCCACAUCUCGAACCAUUCAACGUGAGCCAACUGCGUAUGGGUCUAAUUCUGCUCGGAAUCGCUAUGUUCGACUUGUCAGAUACCCAAGCACCGAGAUGUUCCCAGCUCAACGCACGUUUCCAUCUGCCCAAAUGUUUCCAGCGUAUCCAGCGUACGGUUGA